AUGGCCUCAUCUCGAGAGGACAUCGCAGCCUCCCUCACUGCUUACCGCUCAUUCAUCGCGGCGCAGAACCGUCGCGUUCUCGAGGUAUACGUACCAUUCAUCGCCACCGCGGUGCCAGACGACCUGGAUGGCGACGAGGACAUCAAGGAGCUCCGUCUCGAGGGCCUCAACAUGCUUCUUGACACCACCCUCCAAGGCUUUGACGUUUCAGAGCCCAGCGAGGUUCUCACGCGUUACGAUGAGUUGGCGCCAAAGAUUGGCCUCGACGGCACCUACGUCCUGCACGAGGGCACCCCCGACGAGCACGAGGCCGCGCGCCGCGCGUACCUCUCCGUCAUCGAGGAGAACCUGAAGAAAAAGUCCAGAGAGGACGUGGCGGAGACCAUCUCGAUUCCCGAGGACUUUCGCGUGCUGGCCGGGCUCGUCGACGGCAUCGUGGGCUACGGGCUGCCCGUCUUCCGGAACGAGACCCAGCCGGCCUUUUGGUGGGGCUGCCGAGACGACCAGGGCCCGCACGCCGAGACGGUGAUGACGCCCGAGGCGCUCACGGAGCACGCCAAUCUCCCCGAGUGCUGGCAAAUCGCGGGCGGUUGGGCACCGGGCACGGGGCCUGAUGCCAAUUUCAGUAUUGUGUACAGCCGCGAGUCUGAUGAGGACGCUUGGAAGUGGAGGUACACUUUAUCCACGGCGGAAGACGGCUUGCAGAUCUUUGAGACGAUUCCAGAGUUUUUAGCCUGGUACACGCAUUUCGGGGAGUGUGACGAGAUGCCUGGCCCUAACGAACUAAAUGUAGACAGGCUUCUUUUCAGCACACUCUAA